AUGCAGUGUAUCCAAGUUUCCGGAUUUCUCUCAAGAGUUCGCAACAAUUGCCUCGAAAUUCUGGGUUUAAAACAAAAGCCACGUCAAAAUAUCGAUAUCAGCUCCCCAUUUAAUUUCAAGCAAGGGCCUGCUGUCAACUUCCCCGGAUACUCCGAAGACGACAUCUCUCUCAUGAGAGAAAAGGCAAUCGCCUCCACCGCCAUCGUCGAAGACGGUGACUUCGGCCUCAGAUCCAAAAUCCGCCCCCCGCGCCCACGAGACAGCUGCGCCGGCUGUAACAUCGAGAGCGGGGUCAUGUAUCAGACGACGAGGACCAGCAGACGAUACAUAUACUAG